UUCUUUGGUUCCUACCCCUUUCCAUUGUUAUGGGUCAGGGUCAAUCAGGCUUAAACACAAGCCAGGCAUUAAAAAAAAAACAAGAUAAAAAAGAUGAGAAAAAAAAGUACGAGCCUCCCGUUCCCACAAGAGUAGGAAAACGUAAAAAAAAGGGUCUUGAGUCUGCUGUUAAACUCCCCGUUGUUACACCACACACUCGCUGUAAACUACGUUUGCUUAAAUUGGAAAGAAUAAAAGAUUAUUUACUACUUGAACAAGAAUAUAUAAGAAGUCAAGAACAGCUGAGACCCCAAGAAGAAAAAAAUCAGGAAGCCCGCCUCAAGGUGGACGAAAUAAGAGGAAGCCCUUUAGGCGUUGGUACCUUAGAAGAGAUCAUUGACGACAAUCACGCCAUUGUUUCAUCAUCUGUCGGUCCUGAAUAUUACGUCUCAAUCAUGUCUUUUGUGGACAAAGAUUUACUUGAGCCGGGUUGUUCAGUUCUCCUUCACCAUAAGGCCCUCUCCGUCGUUGGAGUUUUACAGGACGACACGGAUCCGAUGGUAAGCGUAAUGAAACUCGAUAAAGCUCCAACGGAAUCGUAUGCAGAUAUUGGGGGAUUGGAAUCCCAAAUUCAAGAAAUUAAAGAGGCAGUAGAAUUACCUCUCACCCAUCCCGAAUAUUACGAGGAAAUGGGGAUCAAGCCUCCCAAGGGCGUAAUUCUUUACGGAGUUCCAGGAACUGGUAAAACUUUGCUGGCUAAGGCAGUUGCGAAUCAAACAUCCGCCACAUUUCUGCGUGUGGUAGGAUCAGAACUUAUACAGAAGUAUUUAGGCGACGGCCCCAAAUUGGUCCGUGAAUUAUUUAGAGUUGCUGAGGAUCACGCCCCCUCCAUUGUAUUUAUAGAUGAGAUUGAUGCUGUGGGCACCAAGAGGUACGAUUCCAAUUCCGGCGGAGAAAGAGAGAUUCAACGGACCAUGUUGGAGUUACUUAAUCAGCUGGAUGGCUUUGAUUCUCGUGGGGAUGUCAAAGUUAUUAUGGCUACUAAUCGCAUUGAGUCUCUGGAUCCAGCCUUGAUUCGGCCCGGCAGGAUCGACCGGAAAAUAGAGUUUCCUUUGCCCGACGAAAAGACAAGGCGUCAUAUAUUUAAUAUUCACACUUCCCGCAUGACCGUCGACCAGAAUGUGAAUUUAGAAGAACUAAUAAUGGCGAAAGACGAUCUUUCUGGCGCGGAUAUAAAGGCUAUUUGUACGGAAGCAGGCCUUCUUGCUCUUCGUGAGCGUCGCAUGAAAGUGACUCACGAUGAUUUUUUAAAGUCGAAAGAAAAUGUUUUGUAUAGAAAGCAAGAAGGCACGCCUGCUGGCAUGUACUUAUAGUGCUUU